GUGGAGGACCGCUGGUCCCGGUCAGUCAGUCAGUCAGUGUGUGAUUGAGGGAGGACGGGAUGUCGGUUAGCGAACAGAGCCUGGCAUCGCCGCCGUUGUCUCCCCUUCAGGCUCCGCGGCAGGAGGAGGCGGCGGCCGUAGCCGGCCUCAGUACCAGGAUGCCGGCUUGGAAAAAGGAGAUCCUGGAGAGGCGGAAGGCCAAGUUGGCGAACCCGGCGGCGGAUGGCCGGACCUGGAUCCCGAGCCGGGCGGCGUCCCAUAGCAACCAGACAGAGCUGGAGCCGAGCCCGGAGGCAGCGGGCGGUGCGUCCGGUUCCGAGGCCGGGGGCUCCGUGCUGCUGGAGAACAUCGCUCCCGUCCAGGAGAACCCGUUCAUUCAGCGGGAGCGGCGGAGGAGGCGGCGGUUGCAGGCGGAGAGCGAGUCCUCGGGGGUGGGAGGCGGUGGGGGUCUGGGCCAGGAUCCGGCCAAGCCACUGCAGCAACUUCUCGAGUUGUACAGCCACAUGCCGGGGGUCCGCACCAUCCAGGCCGACAACAUCAUCAUCAUCGAGUCAGACCCGAAUUAUUUCAGUGAGCCGGGCAGCCCGUCCCGGACCCGGACCCAACCUCAGUCCCAGCCCCAGGAUGUCGAGCAGCUGCUGUCCCGGGCCGGGCACGGCAGUGUGGCCGAGAUCCGAGCCGCCGAGGUGCUGGUCUACGAUGGCACGCUGAGCCGUAGUGAGGAGAACCUGAGCAGCCUGGGCAGCGGAGAUGCCGGCCCCCCGGGCGGCCUGCACGGGAAAGUCAGCCGCCUGCUCGAGAAGUUCGACCGCAACUACGUGAAGCCAAGCCGGUCGCGGAGCACGGAGAACCUGCUGGACGGCUUCUCCCCUUCCCGGGACCGGCCCCGAAAGCCUCUCCUGUUGCCAAAGCCCCCCUCUCUCCGCCAACUCGGCCAAGGGCCAACCAGUCCAGGCCCCAAGGGGAUCCACUCUCCUGGCCCUCACCUGUCACCCCCGCCUCAGCCCACAUCUUUCCCGCUGUCGUCGCCGACCAGAUUCUCUGGUCCCUCAUCUCCGGUGCGCACGCCUUCUGUCCCCUCUGUGUCCUCACACAACCAGGGAGAUGCUAAGCUGGCUGCCAGUGACAGGACUGAGCCUGGAGGCAGACCCUUUUCUGUAUCCUCUUAUCGCAAGCAUUUCGAGAGUGGACCUGCUAAUCGGCAACUCAGGCCGAAAGAGUCAACCCCAAGUCACUCUCCUGCUCACCAAAACGGCGAGAACAUCUCGAAGGAUCGGAUCAUCAAGAAUAAGGUAAUAGAGAACGGUCUCCGAGAUCUCGAUUUAAUGGGGACCAAUUCAUUUUCUGUGAAUGGAGGAGAAAUGGACAGAAAGGACCGAAUGGAUGCAAAUGUACUUGGAAGUGGCUGGAUGCCAUCUUCUGUCAGUGCUGCCAGCAGUGAGGUUUCCAAGGUGCGUGCAUUUGAUCAGAGGAAUGCUUCAAAAUCAAGUCCUGAGAGACCCCAGCCUGCUGUAGCUUCCAAAUCUUUACCAGCAAAAUCCAGUGCCACUCCCUCAGGGAAGAUGAACCAGGACCACAAAGUGGCAAGUUCAGCCAAAGUAACUUCAAACCAAUGCAAUGGUGUAUCUGCUUCCACCAGUCUGAAUGACUCCUUUGAAAUCAUACCUGCCACACCUCCAGAUGUUUCAUCCAUUCCGGAAGAGGAUAUCCAGGCAAGGGCACUGGCAAACCUCAAAAAACAGUCGAAGAACUCAUUUGUUGUGAUUCCAAAGAAGAGGGUGAGUGUCUCUGUAUCAUCCAGUGAUGUUUGUGAUUAUAGGGAAGCAAACAAUGAAUCUUGUGAAAAGCCAAAAAUUGAAAUUAGUACUUCCAAUUCUGAAGCUCAAACAGACCGGGUCUCUGCUGUUUCCCUGGAUAGGAUCAGCCUAUCUGACCAUGAACAGAGUACAGAAGGAAAAUUACCUUUCAGAGAGCCUUCUCUUCCCAAAGCAGAUCUUGAGCCAAAGGAAGAAGAAGUCAUGAAUAAAUCAACAUCAUGCAGUACCUAUGAAGUUUCUUGUAAGCAUAUAAAUGCUCAGGUUUCAGUCGAGAAAGAAAGACCAGGCUUAUUGCCUACUCCAAUGUCUGAAGCAGAGCAGAAAGCUGAAUCCACUGUAACCCUCGUAAAAAUGACAGCUCGGAAUGACAAUGACCUCCCAGUCACUAACAUAGAUGAUAUCUUGGGAACAGGAGAGAAAGAGACCCCCAAACAACCAAGCAAGGCCAAAUCAGCUGGAGCAAAGGACAAGCUUCCUGAGGAAACUGUGGGUGGCCUGCACCACCCCUUUCUGCAGCGAAAGAGUGGAAACACUUUCACCAUUGUUCCUCAACGCAAGCCAGCGAGCAGAGCCCAGCAGCCCUCUGUAGACACAAAUGAGGUUUCUCAGGCAAAUGGGACUCAUGAGCAGACAGUGGAAGAUCCUGAACCAUCACUUGCCAAACUGGGGGUAUUGUUAAAGAAACGCUAUCCUCUUGCUGAGGAGAUACAAGUGAUUGGAGGGUAUCUGUCGUUGGAACGAUCCUGUUUAUCCAAGGCUGGUUCCACGAGGAAGAAGAUGAAGAUUUCUUUCAAUGACUCCAGUUUACACACGACAUUUGAGUAUCCGUCAGAGAACUCCCUCAUCCAAGAGGAGGAAUCUGAGGAGAGCGACAAUGAUGAUGAAGAGCAGUCCUCGACAUUCUUUUUUCCACGUCCCAGCUACACCAGCUCUCCCACGUCACCAAGCAGCCCCUUGCGAACUAAUACUAUAGUCUCAGGGCCAUCAACAGGGCUGGUCUAUAGUGCUUGCCCAGCAUUUCCUGUUUCAGUUCUUGACAACUGGAUGCUGAAUUCAGGAGAGCUUAAUUCUUUGCAUCACCCAGUUACCAGGAGAACUAUGCACAAGUACCCACAAUUGAGCAGUCAGCUGGCAUGUGAAGCUUUUACAAACUACACUCCUAAACAUGCAAUGUCAUUCAACACAUGGCAGGAACAGAAGCUUGAUGAAUCAGUUUCUGGGAGGAACAGCUCUCUGCACAGUACAGAAUCCUCAACUGAAGAUAACAUGCUCACGCCAGCAGAUGGCAGUUCUCAUUCCGAUUAUAGCAGUGAGCCAGCGCUAUAUUUCUGACGGAGAUGUGAUCUAGGAAUUGUAACUGUGCACUCCAACCUUGGGAUUGGCUUACCAGGAAUCCUGGACUGGAAAAAGCCAGCUAUGUGCCAUCUGAAAUGUAGCUAGCUGUUCUUUGAAAAGCUCAUCCCUUUACUGCAGACAUCUUGGGCCAUAUCUAAGGAUUGAAGUUUGUCUUGAGGCAAGUUGAUCUUUCAUUUCUCCUUUGCCUCUGAGGAGACCAGUCUUGAGAAUCAUGUGAGAUCCACGAAGCAUUUAUGUGGCAGCUUUGAGAUUCUGAGACCGGUUGCCUGCACAUCAAGUUUACUAAUUGCACUUGCCCUCAAAGGGCUGUGACCUACAUUCCUAAAAAAUUUCUGAACACUGCCAUGGACGCUGAAGCCUGUGCAGAUGAGAAUGAUCAUUCCUCUGAGAAGAGCUGUAUUAACCUGUGCUUUGGUCUUGGCCACCUUUUUCCUUAAGAGUAUUGGGCCUAUGUGAGGGCCAGGCCCUGGGCCAUGUUUUCAGGAUUUGACUGUGUUCAAGCAACACUCCCAUUUAUAAUAAUGUACUUUGGAUACUGUACUGUUAAAUAGUUCUGUUAUUUCUACUGUGCCACAGUUUUUACUGGUGGUGGUCCUGAUCACUGGGUGUCCUCAGGACUCUAACCGUUUUCAUUUCUGUUUCUCUAAUAUUGUAGCUAUCCUGGCACUCUGACUUUCGAGCCUCCUGGUGAGGUCGAGCUGAAUGGAGGGCUGUUUGAGUGUGAACUAUGAGAACGCUAAACUCCUCCCAGAGUUCAGAGACAGGAAUUUGACAGAUCCUCUUUGUGAAAUGUAUUUUGUGCCAUGUAUUCAGUGGGCAGCUAGAAUUGUGAAAAGCAGUACCUACAUAGGGAACAGUGAGAGUGAGUGAAAUGAGGUUUUUGUUUAUACAGCCAUCACACUUAUCUGAAAGCCUGUUGGUGCCUUAGGCUGAGCCUAUCAGAUAUUAAACUUUCACCUGGUUUCAAAUGGCCAGUGAUUAAGCACAAAGCCUUUCCUUCUGUCUUUGUGCAGCUACUUGGCCUAAAUGUUGAACAUUAGGUCACCUUCACAUAGAACAUUUAUUAAUACCAAUGAGUUUACUUAACAUAGUUUGGAACAUUCACCACUCAAUUAGGAUUUAAACAUACACAUUGCUUUCAUUGUUAGCAUAGGCAAAUACAAAAAUUCUGCUGUGACCCAUUUAUAUUUGGACAAUGCAAUGCACUAUAUCCACAGAACAUUCUACUGUAGUCCCCAUUGUGGAGUAAAACAAUCCAAGCAUUAUUUUGGAGCUGUUCUUCAGUGUUUUAUCUUGGUCGUGUUAGAGCUGGGAAGCGGUUGCUGUUCAUCGUAAUUCUGAUCCAGCAGUGCCUAUUUGCUUUACUGGAACAAGUCAGAAAGAUGUGGAGGUGCUGGUGUCGGACUGGGGUGGACAAGAUCAGAAAUCAGACGAUGUCAGAAAGAACAUUGUUUACUCUAAUCACACUGAAGGCACCAUUUGUAUUGGCUGAAUUGUGUACAUUAUAUUUUGUCUUUGGAUCUUAAAUUAGUUCCAAGUGAAGAUGACGGAGUGGAGGAAAAAGGUGGAUUUAAAGGUGUAGAAUUAGGUUUGUGGGAAUCUGUUGAUUGCUGUUUCACCCCUUUCAGAUUGCUUAAAAGUGGAGAUGUUCUGCAACUGGUUGAUCCAUAGAAAAUGAGAGCAACAUAAUACCCUUAUUAAUAAGGCAAUGUAUUUUCUAUUCUGAUGAGGUAGAAUUUUGUAGUUGAGGGUGUUUUUUUUUUUUACUGUUUUAGAAUAUAUCAAGUUCUAAUCAGAAAAUUGGGUUAGAUCAGGAGAGAAAUGGAGCAUUGAAUGUGUCGGGAGAAAUGUCCCGACAACUAAAUUAAGUCUGUAUACACUCCAGUAAAAUAUUAUGAAUACAAUUUGCCUUGAUUGUGUCUGCCUGCAGUUUGAUGUUUCUUUUAACGUCAGGAAUGUCACUGUUUCAACCCUUUACUCAUAUUCAAUAGAAAUCUGCAGACAAGACACAGCAGGUUAUAACCCCCUUCGACUUCUCUCCGUGAAGGUGAUUUAAGAUUCUUACUGUUUGCCGGAAAUAGGAAUGAUUUUCAAGUAGUUUUAGCUCCGUUUCCUUUCCACAUGUGUGUACCGUACCUAUUUUUGAGGAACCAUCUCCCAUGGGAUGAAUAAAGAUGGAGGCUGAUCCUGUGUAAGUCUAAGAUUGCAGUUGAGCCAGUGUAUUUAUCAUACUUGUGCUUAAUAAUUUUACCAAAUUGACCCACUUUUUAAUGGCAAAAGAAUCCCAUUUACAUUGCUGAGUUGCAAUCUAUGUGCAUUAUUUUUCGAGUAAGGUCUGAAAUUUAGAAUGCACCUUCACUUUUGUGGUAAUCACCUUGCUCCUAGGCAAACAUUGUCUGUUGUAGGCCAACUACCUCUCGCGUGCCCCUUCCCUUGUCUUAUUAUUCACCAGCAGGUUUUGUGACUGUGCAAUUGAGUAAAUUGAUAACAAGCAGCAGGUUUGCUACCACUGAGAAAGGGGGG